AUGGUGAAGAAGGCCUGCGCACAAGCAAAUUACAAGCUUGGGCUCCUGGACAUGACGAAGAAGGAUCCUUUCGACACGGAGCAUGGCGACAACAAGGGGACGGAAAUGCGUGAAAACUUCUUGGUGGAUAUGAUUCAAGGUGGAGCCGGUACUUCCACGAACAUGAACGCCAACGAGGUGAUCGCGAAUAGAGCUCUGGAGAUACUGGGCAAGGAGCGCGGCCAGUACGAAUUCUGCAGUCCAAACGAUGAUGUCAACAAAGGCCAGUCCACCAAUGAUUCGUAUCCCACGUCUGCGAAGGUUGCAUGCAUCCUUAUGCACUCCGAGCUUUUGACUGCCAUCAAGAACCUGAGCACCGCCUUCUUUGACAAGGCGCGGGAAUUCUCCGAUGUUGUGAAGAUGGGACGAACUCAGCUGCAAGAUGCGGUGCCCAUGACCCUGGGCCAGGAAUUUCACGCUUAUGGCAACAGCGUGGCCAGUGACAUUGAAGCACUGUCCAGCGCAGUGAAUCGAUUUUGCACCUCAAACUUGGGCGGCACUGCGAUCGGGACCGGUAUCGCUGCGGACCCCCACUUCUCUCAGAUAGCCGUGCAGGAGCUCCGGACAGUAACUGGCUUCCCCAUGAUCUUGGCAGAUGAUCUCAUCGAAGCCUCCAGCAGCGUAGGUGACAUGAUCUACGUCUCUGGCAUGCUGCGCCGGAUCGCAGCCAAGGUCUCCAAGAUUUGCAAUGAUCUGCGGCUUUUAUCGUCAGGCCCCCGUUGUGGGCUGGCGGAGAUCAACUUGCCGCCAAAGGCGCCAGGUUCAUCGAUCAUGCCGGGAAAGGUCAACCCAGUAAUUCCGGAGGUUAUGAACAUGUGCGCGUUCGAGGCCAUUGGCAACGAUAUUACCGUGGUUUUCGGCGCAGAGGCUGGACAGCUCGAGCUCAACGUCAUGGAGCCCGUCAUCAUAUACAAGCUCUUCAGUACCCUUCGGGUGCUUGCACGAGGCAUCAACACGCUUCGAAGCCAUUGCAUUGAAGGGAUCACGGCCAACAAGGAACACUGCAAAGAGAUGGUCUAUAACAGCGUCGGGGUUGUGACGGCUCUUCUUCCACACAUUGGCUACAAGAAGUGCACAGAAGCGGCAGCAAUGGCUGUGAAGGACAAGCGCCCUGUGGCUGACAUCAUCGUUGAGCUAGGCUUCCUGAACCGGGAGGAAGUGGAAAAGCUGCUGCAACCUGAGUCUAUGUGCGGGCCUACCGCCAAGAAGUGUCGGACCCACUGA